CCGCCAUGGGAUACUGAGCCUGGGAAUUUGCUACCUCAUCCACUACACAUACGGCUGUGACUUCGACCUCAAUGGCAAGAUGACCCCAGGGGUGGUGGGGCCAUGGCACUUUGACAAGGGGGAUUUUAACACAGCACCGCCUCGCAACCUCUCCCUCCCACCCAAAGGGGCCGCUCCCUCCGUU